CACCCAGCAGACAGAGCAUUUGUGGUUCUCAACAUUGAUGGAUAACAGGACAGAAGUGACACAGUUCAUCCUACUGGGACUAACCAGUGAUCCAGGCCUGCAGGUUCCCCUCUUUAUCAUGUUCACCCUCAUCUACCUCAUCACUCUGGUCGGAAACCUGGGGAUAAUGGUGUUGAUUCUGUUGGACUCUCGUCUCCACACUCCCAUGUACUUUUUCCUCAGUAACCUGUCUCUGGUGGACCUUUGCUACUCUACAGCUGUCACUCCCACAGUCAUGGCUGGAUUACUAAUAGAGGACAAGGUCAUCUCUUAUAACACAUGUGCUGCUCAGAUGUUCUUUUUUGUAGCGUUUGCCACUGUGGAAAAUUACUUGUUGGCCUCAAUGGCCUAUGACCGCUAUGCAGCAGUGUGCAAACCCCUCCAUUACACUACCACCAUGACAACGGGUGUGUGUGCAUCUCUGACCAUAGGCUCCUACAUCUGUGGUUUCCUGAAUGCCUCUAUCCACACUGGAGACACAUUCAGCCUCUCCUUUUGUAUGUCCAAUGUGAUUCAUCACUUUUUCUGUGAUAUUCCUGCAGUCAUGGUUCUCUCUUGCUCUGAUAGACAUGUAAGUGAGCUGGUUCUUGUUUAUGUAGUGAGCUUCAACAUCAUUUUUGCUCUCCUGGUUAUCUUGAUUUCCUACAUAUUCAUAUUUAUCACCCUCCUAAAGAUGCACUCAUCUUCAGGAUAUCAGAAGGCUUUAUCCACCUGUGCUUCUCACUUCUCUGCAGUCUCUAUCUUUUAUGGAACUAUCAUCUUCAUGUACUUACAGCCCAGCUCCAGCCAUUCCAUGGACACAGACAAAAUGGCGUCUGUAUUCUACACCAUGAUCAUCCCCAUGCUGAACCCUGUGGUCUAUAGCCUGAGGAACAAAGAAGUUAAGAGUGCACUCAUGAAGCUCCUUUCAGAGGCAAAAUUAUGUUUAAGAUUGUGA